UGGGGUUCGCUGUGCUGCAUGCAAACGGAGAACGCCCACCAGAGUGGACACGAGGCGGUUCUGCUGAGACUUCCUCGACCUCUGUGGACCCGGGUUGCAGCUGGAGCGGGACAGUUUGCACUGAGCCUAAACCCAAAUGGAUGACUUUGAAUACAGCGUGGAGAUCGGAGACCGAGACUGGGAGUCUUUCUUUGCAGUGUGUGAGGAGUGUGAUCUACUUCCUCCUAAACUGGCAGGCGUGGAUGAUUCAGGGAUGAGUGACAUCGAUGACCCCUUUCUUCCUCAGAGGGUGCAGAGAUGUGACUCAACGCUGGACUUCUCAGAACAGGGCACUCCCCCUGACUGUCAUGGGUCUCCUACAGGGAAACAAGGGCUCUGCGGUCUUGACAGUGUCCUUUCUGGUAGUGAGGAGGACAUACACAUGCAGUCUAUCAAUAUGUUUUUUGAAAGGCUGAAAGGUCUCACAGAUGUUCAACCAAGUCAGGGGCGAACCAGACACAAGAGAGAGACGAAACAAGAGGAGGAACAUUGGGGUGAAGGGCAACAGACCAGCAUAAGGGCUUUUCCAAUGAACUGUGCUAAGUUGAACACUGGUGCAGUUGGCAAAGAGAGCCCUAAGCCUGUCGACACCUUCAUGAACCUAAACACAACGGUAAGAUGUGAAGCUGAGCGCAGCGUUUCCUCAAAACCUGCAACACGCUGUGAUUCUGCGCCUGUUAUUUGCAAAUCAGCUGAAAAAGAGUUGUUCAUUAAAAAGGAAGCUUUAAAGGAAGCUUUAGUGAAAGAGAUAACACACAGGAGUCCAUCUCAUCGCUCAACAGAGAGGGGUGUUUGCUCAGAAAUGACACCUCAGUCCUACAAACUGGAAACGUGCAAAGGUAUGGACGAUGUUCACCAGGAAAGUCAGGAAGUUCUCAGCAAAAAGAACAGGAUGAGGGAGGACCAUGUCCCCACCCACAAGUUGUCUCCAUCCGUUUUUCUGAGGAGAAAGAGGAGAAAAAGAAGACCGCUCAGCGUGGAGGCAGAUGGAGAUGAGAAGGUGCGUGAAAGCCACGUUUCAGUCAAGAAUGACUCAAAAGAAGAGCUGCAAGUGCCAAGAAAAGAAGAAUGUCAGAGUUUAUCUCUUAAUUACUUAAGAGAAACACAAAAAUGCUGCAAGUGUCUGUACAGUUUCAGCCCAUCUACCAGAAACUUCACAGCACAGGAUGCAGAGAAUGAGCCCCCAGGAGAAACUCUGCACAGAAGAUCCACAGAAACAAGUGAUAAGCCCAGAUCUGAAACCCGUCUGAGUCCAAGUGAAGAUCAUCUGAUGUCUGCAGCAGGCAACGGCGCUAAUGAGGCAGCAAGUUCACAGCCAUGCUGCAAAGUGCAGCCUACAGAACCAGCUGGAAGGAGUCAGAAACAGGAAGUAAAAGGAGACGAUCUCCAGGAGUCUGACCAAACAACAGCUUCUGUCUUCGAAUGUGUAAAGGAACAAAAUCUGAAACAUUCAACAUCAGAGGUCAAAAGAGUGAGUCUUGAUUUAAAAUCAUGUGCUCCUGUUGUGGAUGUCGGCCAGAACGACAACCUAUCCGCUACUAACUCAGUCCUGGCUGCAGGGGAUGGAAAUUCUGUCAGAGACGAGCGCGCCCUGCGUCAGAGCGAGGCUGAGUCCCAACAACAGCUGGAAAAUGACACAAAUCAUUUUCACACUGCUCGCCUUUCUGAGGCUGCAGCUGAUGGAAUCACCUCUCACUUGAGCACGCGUCCAUUCCUGUAUGAGAAUUCAAAUAAAAAUAUCUGCUCGGAAUCAAAUGUUAAGCAUUCACCUUUAGGCAGUUUGUCCAACUAUCCAUCUGAAAAGACAGAAACGAUUAAGGAUCGUCUCACAGAGGCACAAACUUCUGAUGUUUUAUCAGAAAACGAUAAAAAAGUGGAAAGGACUCCAGUAGCAUUAAUAUUAGAUUUAACAAGCCAGAGUAAACAUUUACCAGAAAAUCCUCUCGAUGUCACACCUGUGCCACCUCACACUGACAAGCCCACAGAAGUACCGCAAAGGCUACGUUCACCCGUCAUGGAACAUGAGUCUGCCCAAGAAAAACAAAAAGCACAGAUUAUGGCAAAACACGACAAAGAUGAUAGAUCUGCACCCUCAAACCAAACAGAAUCAAUUAACAAUUUAAUAAGUGAAGCUGAAGAAACCAUCUCAGCAUCUAAAGAUGGACACCCACCUGAAAAUUCCGUGUUUGCCAUGUCGUCGUUUUGGAAUGAGAUGGAGAAGCUGACCAUAAACGAUAUUCUUGGGUUGAGACAAAUCUGUAAGGCUGCUCCACUUGGACCCCUCCCAUGUCUGCAGGAAAGGGAAAAGACGGAGGUGAUGGAUGUGGUGGAUUCAGACAACUUGACUGAAUUAAAGUCUGAACAAAUCACAGAAGAAAUGACUGAUUCAUCCUCUUUAAGAGGCAGCUGGGAGAGCGAGCUCGCCGGAGUGGGCCGGAUUUCUUAUUUUCAUCCUGAGCCUGGCGUGUUAGCUUCUGUUUCAGACACAUACCAACCUGUCCUGAAUGAAAAGGCUCAGAAAUGUCUCAGAAAGAUCUCAAAAACUGUCAGUGUGCACAACUUGCAGGCUCUGGAUUCUCCGGCUUUUAGCUACAGGUGCCAAAAGGAAACUAUACAAAUCUUAGAAGAACAGAAGUCUGAAGAAUCCAGUCAUCUCACUGAGAAGACUUCAGCAAAUAAAUCUACAGAUCAUUUUCUGUCGUCCUCCUCCACAGACAGCUACAGCUUCUCUUUUACGGAUAUUAUUCAGUACUUCUUUGGAGGAAAGCAGUCAGUUUCCAGCCAAUCAGCCCCAGAUGAUGCAACCACCCACCUCAGUGGAACCUCAGUUCCUGAAACUUACGAUGAUUUCUUCUCAGAGUUUGAUAGCGAGAGCUUCUUCUACCCAUUCAUAACGGCAGAGGAGCAAAACAAAGACAAGCCAGUUCCAAUAUUCUCCUGCUCUCGCUCCACUAGUAGAACCCUGCAGUUCCCAGAUGCCUAUGAGCAUUUCUUUGCAUCUUCCUCAUCUGAUGACUCUUCAGUGGAGUCUGAAGAAGAAGAAGCCUCCAUCCCAGUGAGGGUGGUGAGCAGGUUCACUCGUAAAGCCAGCACUGCUCAGCUUUGCAAAGACUCAUAUGAAGAUUUCUUCACAGACAAGGACCUCAGAGAGGACUUCUUCUCUUUACAGUCACUCUCCUUCAGGAAAAUUCAUUUAUCUGCACCGACGGUCCAGAAUCAGAACUCACUUGUGCCUUUGAGGCAGAGUUCCCAAUACAUGCUGAAGAUGGAGUCUCGCCUCAACGUGCUGGGACAUCCAGAUGUGAUGUUUCCUGAUCCUCUGCUCUACAACUUGGAGGACAGGAUCUCCAAGCAGCUGGCUCUGCCAUCUUUCAGAUCUGAAAACCUGCAGGUGUCAGAUCCAAGGUUAGACGCCCCGUUCCUGCCUCUAAAGCAGUCAGAUAUGUGUCUGGUUUGUAUCGCCUUUGCUUCCUGGGUGCUUAAAACUGCAAACCCACAGGUUGGAGAUACCUGGAAGGCUGUUCUGCUGGCAAACGUUAGUGCUCUGUCUGCCAUCAGAUACCUGCGUAAGUACAUCAGAGCUGAAGCUGUGACCAGCGAGAUGAAACCUCCUCAAAAUACGCUGGCAAAUUCCUGAUCUUUCAUUCUCUUUUAAUGAACCUCUACAUGACCCCAAUCUUUGGAGGAAACAUUUAUGUUUAGCCAUUUUUGCACUGAGAAAACUUUUCUUAUGUUUCAUUGAUAGUUUCAUUAAAAUUGUUGCUACAUUUGAGGUGAUUUUAAGUCUCUUUAUUAUCUGAAAGCAUUAAUAUGAGAUGUAAAAAUGAACAAAGGUGGCUAGAUUUGUGUUGGCUUUGUAAAUAAUGUUCAGUUUGUUCUGUAGGAGGAUCAAAAGCAGGUUAGUAAAGGUGGGAUGAUAGAGGAAUGUAAAAUAAAAAAAUUUACUUAACGCAUUUUAAAUUUU